AUGUUUGUGCUGGACUGGGAGCUCUCUGGGCUCCAGCAACCUGGUGGUUGUCGUGGCCCUACAACGGUGCUGGACAUCAUGGCUGCUCCUAUGUCUACUUCCCUUCGUCCUACUGUCGAUUUCUUCCCCUCCUUCAAGAAGGACGACCUCCUGGUACUCGCUGGCGAAUACCGGGCUGGUACGCUCCUGGAGUGGGACCAGCUCCGCCUGUUUGACGAGCUGCUCUGGGGGCCCGCGACACCGGACAUGUUCGUCCUGUCCUGGGAGCUCUCAGAGCUCCACAGCAACCUGGUCGUGGUCAUGGACUCGUGGUCCCAGGCACCGCAAAUGCCUGGAUCCUCCGGGUGUCCAGCUUACCGAUUACUCCUCGCACGGUCCCGCCUCCUCGAGCUCAUCGACUCCCGCCACCUGGUUGCAGCAAUGGCCCUCCAUUAUAAUCUGGGGGUCAGCAACCGGUGGUGGCACCUCAACCAUCAUCUGGGGCUCUAUCUCUCCCCUGCUGCGGCCGCCAACGCAGCAACUGUUCAUCCGAUGGAGGACUUCAUGCCCAUGGAGGGCAUUGAGGCGUAUGUGGUUGUUUCGGUGGGCACCAGUGUCCAUGUUCCAGCUCACCGACUACUCCUCGCACGGUCCCGCCUCCUCGAGCUCAUCGACUCCCGCCACCUGAUUGCUGCCAUGGGCCUCCAUUAUAAUAUGGGGGUCAGCAACCGGUGGUGGCACCUCAACCAUCAUCUGGGGCUCUAUCUCUCCCCUGCUGCGGCCGCCAACGCAGCAACUGUUCAUCCGAUGGAGGACUUCAUGCCCAUGGAGGGCAUUGAGGCGUAUGUGGGUGUUUCGGUGGGCACCAGUGUCCAUGUGUCCCCAGCAGAUCUGAAAACCUAUGUUUCAGACGACUCCGACUAUAUUGCUGCUACGGGGUCCUUUAAUCCCGGAGCGAUGAUUUGUUCUGAUCAAGAGGAUGCCGUCUCGGUUGGGGCCUUGGUGGAGAAGGGUUCUGAGCAGAGGCUCACCGUUGCGUGUCACUGCUGGGAUCGGGAGUUCGACGAAAGGUUGGAUCACCUGGGAGAUCCGAAUCAUUUCCGAGUGCUACAAGCAAACUCGAGGGUCGGUUAUGUGACGGAACGUAUCGACGAAACCGACAUCGGACUUGCCAAGCUGGACGAUACUGUUGCGUUUAGCAAUAGAUUCCUAGAUAUCGAAACAGCAGCCCAAGUCCUUAUCCCAUUCACCGGGGUUAAGACAGGAGACAAAUUCUUCAUUGACAGCUUCGUUACCGGCCGGCAGCGCCUUUUAUGUGCCGGAGUACGGGUGCUGGGAUGUAAGAGAGGACAGGAUUUCCUCCGUGAUACCUAG